AUGCUGCCUGUGGCGCGCAAGGAUGCCUUCGACGUCUCGUUUGCCGUGCAGCUGCGGAACAUCUCCUUGAGAAAGCUGCCUCCCACAGACUGGAUCCGCAUGUCCCUACCCGUGGCUGUCGGUCAAGCUCUGCAAGUGGCUCCAUCGGAUGUGCCCCUCGAGCUGAUGAUUCGUGACGCGAGCAUGUACGACAGCCACGUCCUGCGGAGCUUCAAGCUUCGGCGAAAAGAUGAAGUCGAACCUGAACCCGCUGGCCUCGAGGCCUUCGAGCUGCAGCAGAAGCAGCGGGUGCAGGAAGCCGAGGCCUAUCUGAUCGAGCUGCCGGUGAAGUGGGUCGCCUUCUUGGGCACCUUGGCAUUGCAUGACCUCCUGAAAAAGCAUGUGUCCGGGAGGGUCAUCCUUGCCUACCGGCUUGUGGGCAACUGGAGCCUGGUCGAUGUAUCUCUGACCGAGCGGCGCGCACGGGGCAUGAAGAACGUCACGGGGUCUUUUGCGUUCUGGGACUGGCAAUCCCAUGGCCAAAUUCUCCUCAAUCCAUUGCCUGCCGAUCCGAUGUUUCGAAGUCCUCGGAGUUGUCGGCCAUUUUGGCUCAAGAUUUAUCACGCCAUCCCAUACUACCAUCCGCUACCGAAGAACUCCCUUCGAGCAAUGGCGUCCCUCCACGCGCAGCAGUUUGAGAUCCUCGUGGCAUGCACGUGCAACUGCUUCUCCUCGGUGGGGAUGCUCCUCUUCAACAAGCUUGCUGUCCAGGCGCUGCCUUUGGAGUGCAGUUUGGUGUGGCUGCAGCUCUUCUUUGCAGCAUUCUUCAUGCUCAUCUUUGGCUUCCCCUACUUACACAUUGGCUCCAUGAAGGACUUCCUGCGCUGGUGCAUGGUGGUCCCGUUCUUCACUGGCAUGCUCAUGACUUCCAUUCUUGCUUUGAAGAAGGCACCGAUGUCACUGGUUAUCGUCCUCCGGAGCGCAUCGCCUCUCUUUUCCCUAAUCUUCGAGCGCUUCUACCCCGAGCCACUGCGAAUCAGUGGGCCCAUGGUCUGUGCCAUCGUUGUGAUGGUCGCCGGGGCGGUCAUGUAUGUCUCCCAGCUCCACGCUGAGCAUUGGGAGGGCAUCGGCUGGGUGAUGCUGAACAGCAUCGUUGCAGUCUGCGAUCGGCUGCUGCAGCGCCUGCUGUUGUCUAAGGAGCAGCACCCUGUGGACAUCUCCAAGACAGGCAUCACUGUCAUCAACAACAUGAUGGGUCUGAUCCCAGUGGGCAUGGCAGCCUACUUCACGGGAGAAGUCGGCCAGUUCCCUUAUGCGUACGCCAACCUCACAGGCUUGGACAAGGUCUAUAUCGGCUUGAGCUGUGUCAUCGGCCUGUCCAUCGGCUUCACGGGAAUCUGGGCCCAGAGCCUGAUAAGUGCCACCAGCUUCCUUGUCAUGGUCAAUGCCAACAAGUUCGUCAUCAUUGGCAUCGAAGCCUUUGGCAUGCACACUAAGGUGCUCACCCACGGCCAGAUUCUCGGUGCCUCCCUGUCCAUCUUGGGCGGCAUCCUUUACGGGAAAGCCCGGCAGCAGAUCGAGCAGGAAGAAGAGGAAAUUGGCUCAGACAUCGACCCCCGCUUGCGCAUGGAGGAGAAAGGUUUGGAGCAGCCGCUUGACACGCAGGGAAGAGGGCCGGGAGGCCAGGUGAAGGCGGCUUCUUAUCGGCUUCUUCGUCCUACUGGCUCUGAUAUUCGCUGUGCUAGGGCAGCAGCGUUUGCAAUUGACUUCUUCACAUUCUCUGACUAUGGCAGAUCGCUCUGCUGCACACUGGACCUGAGUGGCAAGCAGCUGCAAAGCAAGGCGACCUCCAGCUCCUGUCGGAUCACCUCGCGGCAGCUCUCUCGGAUCAUGCGGCCGCCCUCCAGUCUCAACUCCAAGUUCUGCUUUUCUGCUGCAGAUGAGCUGGCCCAGCAGGAGGAGUUGUCACAGGAGGCUGCAUCAUCAGUGGAUGCUGGGCCAAUAAAGACUGGGGACAGUGAUGUGUUCAGAAGGCGACUGCUGUGCGACUUGCACUUUUGA